AUGACUUGGAUAGUUUUUUCUAGUUCGGUUUCCAUUUUGGUAAACGGAAGUCCUACAGAUGAGUUCAGGACUUCUAGAGGCUUACAUCAAGGGGAUCCUCUUUCUCCUUUCUUAUUUCUCUUGGCUGUAGAGGGUUUUGCGGGUAUGAUGAAGCAUGCAGUUUCGUCGGGUUCCUUUAAAGGUUUUAAGAUCGCGAAUGAUAUUCGGUUUGAGAUGCUUCAGCUCGCGGUAGAUACGGUUCUUAUUGUGAUGGACCGCAGAAUAAUCUAUGCUUCUUCCUUUUUGACUUGUCAAAUUGAGAAGAUUUCUUUCAUAUUCCUUGGAAUUCGUAUUGGGAGUAAUCAUAGAAGUCGUAUUUAUGCUUUCUUUGGGGGAAAGGUGAUGGGAGUUGUGAUGGAGGAGAAAGAUGUGUUGGGUGAGUUGGGAUCGGAUUUUCCUUAG